AUGGCCAGCUCUCGCACCGAUCCGGAGACUGAGCCGGAAUCCGUGUUCCCUCGGGAGGUCGGGCUCUUCACCGACUCUUACUCGGAGAGCAGCCGGUUCUGCUUCUGUGGGCACGAGCUGAGCAUCACGCAGAACUUUGGGUCGCGCCUUGGGGUGGCGGCACGCGUGUGGGAUGCGGCUCUGAGCCUGUGUGACUAUUUCGAGAGUCAAAAUGUGGAUUUUCGAGGCAAGAAGGUGAUCGAACUGGGCGCGGGGACGGGCAUCGUGGGAAUCUUGGCGGCGCUGCAGGGGGGAGAUGUUACCAUCACUGAUUUGCCAGUGGCCCUAGAGCAAAUCCAGGAUAACGUCCACGCUAAUGUGCCACCCGGAGGCCGGGCUCAGGUGUGCGCCUUGUCCUGGGGAACUGACCAGCAUGUCUUUCCUGGAAACUAUGACUUGGUGCUGGGGGCAGAUAUCGUGUACCUGGAGCCCACCUUCCCGCUGCUGUUGGGGACCCUCCGACACCUGUGUGGGCCCCACGGCACCAUCUACCUGGCCUCCAAGAUGAGAGCAGAACACGGGGCAGAGACCUUCUUUCAGCGCCUCCUGCCCCAGCACUUCCACCUGGAGCUGGCCCAGCGGGAUGAGGAUGUGAAUGUCAACAUCUAUAGGGCCAGGCACAGGGAGGUGACACCUGCUGGACAGUACAACUUCUGCUGACCUAACUCUUGCCUCAGUGGAGGAAUGGCAUCCCUCCAGAACCGUGAACACCAGGAGAAAAGAAAAGGAAGGAUUCCCCCUCACCCCUGUCCCCGUCCCGUCCCUCGUCUCCCAUCCCCCCAUCUCCCCCUCCCCUAUCUUCUCCCUUCCCUCUUCUCUUCAGUUCCCCUAACUACAGAUGCAGAAGGGUGGCUGCUGUUAGGAAUGGCAGAGCCCCAGGAGCUUUGAGUUUAAAGCCCAAAGAAAGCACUUGCCUUCAGAGGAGGGCAGUCAGGAUAGUUAGGAAUAAAUGGUAUGAAUAGUCCCUGCAGAGGCCACCACUUCCAGUU